CUCAGCCGAUAAACUUAACGCAUACAAACAUGAUAACAUAUAAAAGAAAACCAGAUUUUGUUGGCGAAUUCUACGGCUACGGCCUACAUAAUACAAAACCUCACUGCGCUCUUAAUUCAAUUUCCGUUGCCACUAACUGCUCCCAUCGGCCACCGCGUGUCCUACAAACAAUCGGCCUCGCCGCUUAUUAACUCGGUUCAAUCGUUGGCGCCUUAAAUCUAUUUCUCACCGCCUCGCCUGGUGAAAGGCUCUGAGAAAUCCUUUUCCACUAUGAAGUUAAAGUUCGUUUUAAAUUCAAAACAACAAUGGGAGUUGAAGCAACAAACAAGGAACUGGUUGGAGCUCCCAUAUGAUGUAAUGGCCAACAUCCUAUACAGAGUUGGUGUUUGUGACAUUCUUCUGAAUGCCCAGAAAGUUUGCACUACUUGGCGUAAUAUCUGCAAGGACACUGCCAUGUGGAGGGUCAUUAAUAUGUACAAUGUUUUUUAUCACAAAAAUGGAAGGCCCCUGAUGCAGAAGAUGUGUAAACAUGCCGUAAAUAGAAGCCAAGGCCAGUUGGUUGACAUCACCAUUGAGGAUUUUGCUAAUCCUCAGCUUCUUCGAUAUAUUUCUGAUAGAGCAAGUCAGCUUAGACGUCUUGAAUUCGUAUAUUGUUAUGGAGAAACUUAUGAAAGCUGGGCCGGAUCUUUGAGGAAAUUUCCAUUAUUGGAGGAACUUAGUAUCUACCUAACAGACAUUUCAACAGGAGUUAUUGUUGCUGCUGGUCGUUUUUGCCCAAUGCUAACAACACUGAAAAUAAAUGAUGAAAUGGUAGCUCCUUGUGGUAAUGUGAUAGCUGUUGCUAUUGGAAAAAACUUACCUAAGUUAAAGCACCUUGAACUCAUUGGAAGCUUCAUGACAAAUACCGGGUUGCAAGCCAUUCUGGAUGGAUGUUGUCACCUUGAAUUACUCGACUUGCGUCAGUGCGUGUACAUUGAUCCCAAGGAUGACCUUGUGAAAAAAUGUUUAGAAAAGAUUAAAUGUGUAAAACUUCCCUAUGAUUCCCUUGAAGGAUGUCGAUAUGUUUUUCUUGAUGAACCCAUAGCCGGGCCUGCCAUCGUUUAGGAAGGAGACGGUGAAAUAACAGCGGUUUUGGAUGAACAUGUGUAUAAUUGUAUAUAUAAUAAUUAUGUAUGCUUUGCUUGAA